CCGAGCACAAAUAAAUCCAAUAAAAAACAGAGGAGGAGGAAACGUUGCGAGGGAGAGGAGGAGAUUAAUAUGGAGCGUUAUGCGCCACUAUCCGUCGUUCUAAUCGCCGCGGCGUUCUUCGCCUCCGCCGGUGCGCUCACCGCGGCCCCGGUGGGCGGCCCCAGCGACUUCAUCCGCUCCUCGUGCCGGGUCACGCAGUACCCUCGCCUCUGCGAGCGCUGCCUCUCGACCUACAAUCUGCCCAUCCGCCGGAGCCCGCGCGGGGUGGCGUUGGCCGCCCUCUCCGUGAGCGUGGACAAGGCACGGGCGGCCUCGGCCUUCGCGAGGCGGACGUCGGCCGGUACGCGGUCCCGUGAGGCCGGGGCCGUAAAAGACUGCGUGGAGACUAUGCAGGACAGCGUCGACCAGCUCCGCCAGUCUGUGGCGGAGAUGGGGCGGUUGGGGCGCGCCCGGAGCCCCCGCUUCGCCUGGCACCUCAGCAACGUGCAGACCUGGGUCAGCGCCGCGCUCACCGACGCCGACACCUGCCUCGACAGCCUCUCCCAGAACGCUGGCCCGGUCAUCCGGGCCGCCAUCCGCAAGCGUGUGGUGGAGGUGGCGCAGGUCACCAGCGUUGCCUUGGCCCUCGUGAACCGAAUCGAUCCGAAAACCUGAAUCCGGUUCGCACUUGUACUAUAUGUAUUCGAAGAAAUGUAGGGAUGUACAAAGUGUGAUGUGAUAUGAUAGUGAUGGUGUGGGAUAAUACUGUUAUAAGUUUUGACUCUAUAUACUUUUUAUUUGUUUG